CGAGGCGGAGCCGCCGCCGCCGCCGCGCCGGGGCCCAGCCGUAGCCGCCGUCGCCUUCGCUCUCGCCGGGCCGCCUCGGGCCGCCAGCCGCGACGCGGGAGAGGAGCCGGCCGUCCCGGGUCGGGGGAGCCGCCCGCCAUGGCCACCAAGGCUCGGGUCAUGUACGAUUUUGCUGCUGAGCCUGGAAAUAAUGAACUGACAGUUAAUGAAGGAGAGAUCAUCACAAUUACAAAUCCAGACGUUGGUGGAGGAUGGCUGGAAGGAAGAAACAGCAAAGGAGAACGAGGGCUCGUUCCCACAGACUAUGUUGAGAUUCUGCCCGGUGAUGGAAAGGAUCCAUUUUCUUGUGGGAACUCGGUGGCCGACCAAGCCUUCCUCGACUCCCUCUCGGCAGGUACAGCGCAAGCCAACUCAGCAGCGGCCAGCGGCGCUCACCAGGUGGAUAUUUUGGCUCAGAUUGGUUGUGUUGAAAGUCUCAGCCAAUCACCACCUUCAUCUUCUCCUUCUCCUUCCAUAAAUAAGGUCAGCAGUGGCAAUGACCCCUGGUCAGCCUGGAAUCCCUCCAAGUCUGGAAACUGGGAUAACACAGAUGGCUGGGGAGCCAAGCCAGAGGGGGCUGCAGCUCAGAGAAACACUUCCAACAACUGGGACGCUGCCUUCGGUCAUCCCCAGGCCUACCAAGGCCCAGCCACUGGGGACGAUGACGACUGGGACGAAGACUGGGACGAGCCCAAGUCGUCGUCUCCCUACUUCAAGGACGGAGAGUCGGCCGAAGCCGGAGGAGCCCAGCGGGGAAACAGCCGGGCGGGCUCCUCCUCCAUGAAGCUGCCGCUUAACAAGUUUCCUGGAUUUGCCAAACCUGGAAUGGAACAGUAUUUGUUGGCCAAGCAGCUAGCAAAACCCAAAGAGAAAAUUCCUAUCAUUGUUGGAGAUUAUGGCCCAAUGUGGGUUUAUCCUACUUCUACAUUUGACUGUGUGGUAGCAGAUCCCAGGAAAGGCUCCAAAAUGUAUGGACUGAAGAGCUACAUUGAGUAUCAGUUAACACCCACUAACACGAAUCGAUCUGUAAACCACAGGUAUAAGCACUUUGACUGGCUGUAUGAGCGCCUCCUGGUGAAGUUUGGGUUAGCCAUCCCGAUCCCUUCUCUCCCAGAUAAGCAAGUCACAGGUCGCUUUGAAGAAGAAUUUAUCAAAAUGCGCAUGGAGAGACUUCAGGCGUGGAUGUCCAGGAUGUGUCGCCAUCCAGUAAUCUCAGAAAGUGAGGUUUUCCAGCAGUUUCUAAAUUUCCGAGAUGAAAAGGAGUGGAAAACUGGGAAGAGGAAGGCUGAAAAAGAUGAGCUGGUGGGAGUGAUGGUAUUUUCCACCAUGGAACCAGAGGCGCCUGACCUGGACUUAGUGGAGAUAGAACAGAAGUGCGAGGCUGUUGGCAAGUUCACCAAGGCCAUGGAUGACGGCGUCAAGGAGCUGCUGACCGUGGGCCAGGAGCACUGGAAGCGCUGCACAGGACCAUUACCCAAGGAAUAUCAGAAGAUAGGCAAGGCCUUGCAGAGUUUAGCAACAGUCUUCAGUUCUAGUGGCUAUCAAGGUGAAACAGAUCUCAAUGAUGCAAUAACAGAAGCAGGAAAGACCUACGAAGAAAUUGCCAGUCUAGUGGCAGAGCAGCCCAAGAAAGACCUCCACUUCCUGAUGGAAUGUAACCAUGAGUAUAAAGGGUUCCUCGGCUGCUUCCCUGACAUCAUCGGCACUCACAAGGGAGCAAUAGAAAAAGUGAAAGAAAGUGAUAAGCUGGUUGCAACUAGUAAGAUCACCCCACAGGACAAACAGAACAUGGUGAAACGCGUUGGCACGAUGUCUUAUGCAUUGCAAGCCGAGAUGAAUCACUUCCACAGUAACCGGAUCUAUGACUACAACAGUGUCAUCCGCCUGUACCUGGAGCAGCAGGUGCAGUUCUACGAGACGAUCGCGGAAAAGCUGAGGCAGGCCCUCGGCCGCUUCCCGGUGAUGUAGGCGCGGACGGCACGUGAAGACACGCCGCCAAAGUGCUUCUUCCUGACUUGGGGCAAUGCAAUGUAAUUCUUUUUUCCCUCAUCCAAAAAACAAAAGAAAACCAAAAAGAAACAGUUGAAAAAAUGGCAUUUACUUUGUAAACCAGCCUAAAUGCAUCAGUUAUUUAGGGAUAUUCUUCUUUUGUUCCUUCCACAUCCAUCGCCUAAGCCGGUGGAAGUUGUCUAUUUUUGGAAAGUACUUAAAGUCAGCAGAAUUUUGAAGGGAAAAUUAGGGAUUUCCCUCACUGAUAUUUUACAUAAAAUUUUAAUUUAUGAAUCACCCAUGAUCUUCUAGUCCUUACCCAAUGUCAGAUUACUAAUUGCUUUCUUAAAAAUAUGAAAUAUGCAGAAUAAAAAAUAUAUGUUUGUAUAUUUUUAUAACUCUUUCUAGCCCUUUGGGAUUCCUGUCUAUUUAGGAAAACCCACAUGCCUUUCACUGACAUAUUUAUGACUCAGGAGGGAGGAAGCAGAGGGGCUCUUGGGGCCCGGCACCCCAAGUCCCAGUGGGUGGGCCGCACAUGUCCCUUCAGAGGACCUGGCUGGGCAGGAGCUCAGGAUCAGAUCCCCGGCCCACUGCCCGCCUCCCACCCCGCAGAGUUUCUCAAGGGCCUCAGCCUGCGCCCGGGCAGGGUGUGCUGGGCGCUGGAAGACUCCCUGCAGGGAGCCCCUGCUCCCAAGGCAGGAGCGGCCUUUGACCUGCGUGCUGGAAGCCUGCUCCUCGGGGCCACUGCCCCCCACUCGCUUUCGUCUUGGCGCUGUGGCCGAGUCGUGGUGAGGAGUGCGGGGAAAGCACCGUUGGUGAUUUGCGCUUGCUCGUGACUGUCGAGGAGCCGGCCUUUGCCUGAAGAGCAAGGCGCGGGUUAGAGGAGCCGCCCGUCCCCAGCAGGAGGCGCGUCGAGGGGCGGAUGCGGAGGCUGCCGGCCUGCCCUGCGCGCAGCAGCCCCCAGCCUGGCGUCGGAGAAGGAGCGCAGAGUCGGCGCCCGACUGUGUCCCACGCGGCAGACCCUCGUCCCCACCGCUAGGACGUCGCCAAGGGGCACAAAGCAAACCUCACAGACACGCGCCUCCCGAGGACGCCCCGUCCUCCACAGCGGCCUUACUGCAUCGUCGUCGUCGUCCCCCCCCCCGCUUUCACUUUUCUGACCGAAUGGUUAUAUUCUAGAAAAUGGCAAUUUUGGGCCAGCACAAAAAAAGUGAAACCAAAACCUAAGUAGAAGUGGAAAGCAAAUGAGAACGUCUUGUUCUUCAGUAUCACGGGUCUUUGUUCCUGUUUUAUAAGUAAUUUUCCCCACUUGAUUUUUCUUUUAUAAAAACUCAUAGAGCAGUGUUUAUGAUACAGCCAUUUAAUAUAUGUACAAAUUGUAAAGAAUAUGUAUAAAUGUUUUACACAAAUGUAAGAGCAUGUAGAAGCCAACAUAUAUAAAUAAAUUGUUAAAAAAAAACUGUACAGUAAAUUCUCAAGCACUUUUUCAAGACA